AGGAUAAAAGUUAAUGAAGACUACCCGCGAAAAUGUCGUGAUCUGUUGUUCAAGGUGACUGAAAAGAAAAAGAAGAAAAAGAAAAAAACGUUAGGGAACAUACUAGCAGUCAACUCAAAGAUAUUACAUUCUUCAGUUUUUUGUCCCCAAAUCGCAAGGUUCAAGUCUUAACUUGCAUUGGCUGGUGAUUCAGGGAAAACUACUCCAACAAGAUGAAUCAUCAGCCGUUGCGGCUUCAACAGCAUCAACUGCAGAUUCUUUACCAACACCUUCUUCAGAAACAACAAUGGCAGCAACGUCAGGAUUAGUAUCAAACGUGUUUCCUCCUCUUCCUUUCCUACUAGAAAACUCUAGAGUUUCUUUAGUAUCAAGGAAUGACCACAACGCCUCCGGAAUCGAUCUUGAAAAAGUCAAAGCCUUGAUGGGCCAGAUGCAGAUUGAUAGUUUACCACAAGGGGCUAAAGAUUUAAUGAGAGUAAUGGAGCACCAUCAACUGUCAUCAACUAUCCAAAACCAGGGACACUUGACAAGCACAGCAAUAACAUCUGGUCCGGCCUCUCAACCUUUAUCGAUAUCUGCUCAUGAUAUCUCAUCUUCAGAUACUAUGCCAUCAGAGCCUGCUACAAACAAAACCGCCAAAGAGCAAAUUGUCUACGCAACAAAGGCGGACCUUGCUCAGAUGGAGGCUCGAAUUAUGACCACAAUUGAUCACCGGUUACAAGAAUUAGAGGAUCGAAUCUUGAGCAAACUACUGAAUGCAAAGCAAAGAUAACUAUUUACAUUUUUUUAUUAUUAUCACUAAUGAAUGGGAGCACUAUAUAUGAAAAUACUUCUGUUUAUCCGCAACAUGGAUUAAAGAGGUCUGAAGUCAAGUUGUUAAAAUGCCCAUUUUUUAAGUGCAUGCUGGGGCUUCCAGGUUAUUCAAGCGAUUGCCAUUCUUAAGGAAUAUUCGUCGCAGUUCCCGGUGAAGAUGGAUAAGUAGGGAUAGUAGGAUCUGAUCCCUGUCUUGUCGUUUGGAUAGAUCCAUAGCCUUCUCCUGGGAUUAACAAUCCUCGUCGUCCUGCUCUUCUCCUUCCUCCAUCUGCAUUCAUUGCUCCAAUGGCGCUCAAUAGGCCCCUAGAUUCGAUAUCAUCCAUAUCUUCCCCGUCUUCCAGAGCAGGAUCUACUCCAAAUCCAUGUCUGCAACCUUGUACUAGAUUAAAUACUAGAGCUCCUACGAAUACGAGUAAGAGUAGCCAUUGAGUGUAAUAGAAUGCAAUGCCAAGUCCUG